GUCAGGGUCAAACGGCAGCCCCUCGUUAAUGCCUUCCUCUGCCAUCCGGCCUGGCCAGGUCCUGGGGGGGCUGGGGGGGGCUGGCCCCUCCCCCAUUGGCUUAGACCCCCGAGUCAGAUUAUCCGGGACCCGAACCUCGGAAACCGGAAUAUUUAUUUGUUCGUUCCGAAGGUCUCGGUGCCGUCUAAAGUGACGAGGAUAAAAAAGCCCCUCCCCCUCCCCCCCAUAAAGGCUUGUUUUAAUUCUGGAAAUAGGAGUUUUUGCGACCACCCUAGGAAGCCUGGGAUAGCGCCGGGGGGAGGGGCUGAGCUGUCCCACUUCAAAGCCCCUUUCUACCUUCUGAGUCAAAGCAGGCAUGGCACAGUUCUGUCAGAAGGGGGAGCAAGAGCGCGCUAUAAAUUACUUUAUUCUUCAGUUUUGGGGUUUUCCCCCUUGUCUCUUCAUCCUCUAGUCCGAGCUUCUAUCACCCCACGCCUAAUUUUUUUUCAUUUAAGCCUUUGCUAAAAUACUUGGGUUGAUGGAGAAUCCACUACCUCCGAUUUUGGAUGACGAUCCAAACUUUCUAAUAAUAUGACUUUCAUUAUCGGCAAGUUCUUCCUUAAAUGAACUCUACACUUGUCUCCUCACACCGUCCUUAGCUUUACCUGCCUGAAUAAAGCAGCUAUCGUCUCCCAUGUGAUUAUUUUUCAGAUAUUCAGGUAAAAGAAAUGACAAGGGAGAUUGCUAUUAGAGUCCUGAUUCUGAACAAGAAAGCUACUGAAAGAGAAAUGAUCAGGACCUGAGGGAACUGGUGCCAUCACACGGUGACCAGGAUGGUUUCCUGCCAAGUACAGAACGGGUCAGAAACGGUGUUCCAGAGGGUGUACCAGAGCUGCCGCUGGCCGGGCCCCUGCACUAACUUAGUCAGUUACAGGACCCUGAUCCGGCCCACCUACAAAGUGUCCUACCGGACCGUGACGGCUCUGGAGUGGAAGUGCUGCCCUGGGUUUUCGGGAAGUAACUGUGAGGAGGGCCAGUUUUCUGUCCAUCCCCCACCCCGUGGGCAUCUAUAUCACCUAUGUCCUACAGUGACAGGAACAGAGACAGUCAUGUCCCAAUUCCCCAAGAUUUACAGUAUGCCAGAAUGCAUGAACUGCACCCGCCUGAACGACAUGAACGAGCGGCUAUCCGCGCUGGAGGUCAAGAUUCUUCUUCUGGAAGCGGCCGGGAGCGUGAUGACUUCGGAAAACGAUAUUAGCAAGACCACGCCAACCUGGAAUAAGGAUUUCUUACCGGACGCCAUCCCACUGUCUCACCCUGGGACCGGGAGGAGGAACCCCCUGGGCCCCGCGGGAUAUGCUGGACAGAUGGGACCUCCUGGACCCGUGGGCCCCUCGGGGCUCCCUGGGCCGCCUGGAUCGAAAGGCGAAAGGGGCCAGAUGGGGGAGAUGGGCCCCAGGGGGCCCCCAGGGCUCCUGGGGCCGCAAGGCCCAAGGGGAUUUCCUGGAGAGACUGGGCUCCCUGGGCCACCUGGGCCCCCGGGCCCUCCUGGCAGCCCCGGCCUUCCGCCCCCAUUCCAGCAGGGUGUUCUGUAUUCCCUCCAGCCCGCAGGAGAGAAGGAAAAUGGCGAUUCCCAGCUGUCUUCCACCAUAGUAGACACCAUCAUGGCAGGGAUCCCUGGGCCUCGGGGCCCGCCUGGCCCUCCAGGACCACCUGGACCCUCUGGACCCAAUGGCCCCCCAGGUCCCAUGGGAGUUCCAGGCUCUCAGGGUGAACCUGGUUCAAAAGGAAUAGAAAAGGGAAAAGAGAGCGAGGGGGUGCAGCAGCUCCGAGAAGCUCUGAAGAUCUUAGCCGAGAGGGUGCUGAUUCUGGAGCACAUGAUCGGGAUCCACGACCCACUGGCUUCUACCGAACCAGGCUCUGGACAAGAGGGCAUGCUCGGCUCCGCAUCACAAAGCAGCAAGAUGAAGCGAGGGGGCCCUUUGGGCUCCCCCCAACCCUACAACACCAUCUCUUCCCUGCUCGACAGCCUGGAAGCCCGAAGGAAUGGCUCCGAGAGCCGCAGCCUAAACUAGGCAGCCUGCCACCCCAAGACAACCCGUGCGCUGAUUAAAGAUACAGUAUCUCUAUGGACAAAAAGGCUCGAGGUGCUGGUCCUGAGCCCAGAACGUGGGAAGCUGGGAACUGGGGGGCAGGAGAGCCGGGCCCAUAGAGUGCCUCAGGGGUUUUCUGGACAGGCCUGUUAGAAGUGGUCGUCCUCCCCCUGCUACGAGUGGGCUGGUGGGAGGGGGCUCGGCUCAGGGGCUCACUCCCACCAGGGGUAUGGGGUGAGAGCCCCACUAGGAUGGCGAGCUUGCCCUGCUGGGCUGGCUCUCUGUCACAGCAGCUUGGCAAUAGGACCCCAUGGGUCUCCGGUGCCCUCGGGUAGCCCCCCGCCGCAUGCGCUGGACCAAUCCCGGGCCUCCCUGGAAGAAGAGCUUGUAUUUCUGACUCUGCUGCCCCUCCUCUCCUCAGCGCUGUGCCCUUUUGUCACCCCCAGUAAAAGAGGAAAACAAUGAAGCGUCACGUGCCCGUGUUUGUAAACCAAGGGAUUCAGUGGCCGUGUGGCCUGGCAAGCGGUUCCUAAGUACCUGGAAUGUGGGAGGCUCCAUGUCUGGGUCCCCGUUAGUGCCCCCCUUGACCAAAAGCUGCAUUAACCAGAGCAAAGCCAUCGUGGUGGGCGGGCACUGGGUGGGCACUGGGCAGGCACUGGGCGCACUCCCACAAAUCCAGUGCUUUUCCAGUGUGACACCUCAGAGAACAGCAUAUGCCUUUCGUGUGUCUCCAUCUGUCCCCACAAAGUCUGUCCAGAGCUCCAUCCUGCAGAAUGAGGAAGGAGCCCCGAGUCUCCAGAGCAGAGUUCUGCCCCCCUAGAAAAUGCCAGUCAUGGGGCUGGUGUGGUGGGAUAGGGCAUUGGCCCUGGAGGCUGGAGGACCAGACUUCAGAUCCACCUCAGAGACCCAGCACUAAUUGGGGAGGGAUCCUGGACCUCACCUCCCAAAAAAAAUCAAAUGUUCGGAACUGAGGAAGAGGAGCAGAAGCAAGCCAGCUGUCUCCCUUUCAAAGACCUCCCCACCCCCCCAAGCUGACCUAGUUCAGGUUCUAAUCGGACUGUGGGGUCUAAGUCCCUGCCUCCAAAAGUGGCUGGGCUGCUCUGGGAUCAGAGCGAGGCUGCAGCAUGGGACGCCCACCACCAGUAGGGGCUGGAUGGGUGGGGACGGGCGUAGGGGCCGACCACUGACCCCCCAGACCGCUGUGCUACGGUCACUUUAGCCAUCUCAGAUAAACUAGGCAAGUUCUGUGAGUGAGCAAACCCCCACACUCCUAAACGGCUCAGGGCAGCAGUGAGUGGCAGGAGCACAAAGCUCAGCCCAGGGGUCCGAGUUAAAUGCAUGACCACUGCCUUCAGACUGACUCCAUCUUAAAGAGCUGUGGAGGGUCUGCUUGAUCCCGAGCAGCGUUCUCUGCUCCCACUGUUUCCCAGUCGGCAGUACUGUCUAAUUUUGGUGCUGACUAGAUUUGGGGGAAUCACCCGAGCCUGAGAGAAUCCCCUCACCACCCAAACGAAUCUGGACCUUCAAGGGCUUGGAUUGUUUUCUCUCACAAAAGCUCAUGAACAGUGACUUCAACCAGCAGGGGCUCCGGGUCUGCCCUCUGGUGUAGGGGCUGCUGGAGACCCCUCCCCAUUGACUGGACCUUUAAUGUGUGUUCACUAUCUUCCGAGGGGUGCUCUUCCCACCUCUUCGGUGUCACGUUACCACGCUGAUGCCUUUCCAAGGUCACCAGCAUCCCUUGUCUCUUUUAAAUGAGUUUGUGGCUUUGCUUAUCUCACUGAGGGAAAAAUGGGGGGGGGGGAAAAAGAGAAAAAAAAACUCUCCUUUUUUGUAUUAAGCUUAGAAGUGAGUUGGGUCUGUACUGGGAUUCUACAGCUUUUCCAAGGUCACCAGCAUCCCUUGUCCCUUUUAAAUGAAUUUGUAGUUUUGCUUAGCUCACUGAGGGAAAAAUGGGGAGAAAAAAAGAAACUGUUCUUUUGUGUCAGGUUUAGAAGUGAGCCGGUUCCAUGCUGAGAGUCCUCCAGUACUAAACUCCAGUGCUAGAAUUCUCUGAUCCUUGUGAGACAGAAACCGAGUCUGGAACACGUAGGGAAAAGUUAACCACGAUGGUGUAACUGCAUCCUGGACGUUUUUCCCAGUUGAUCAGGGGAAAAGGCCAGAAUUCUGGCUGAUUCUCCUCCUCCCGGUGGCAUUCCAUGAUGCUGACUUUAUAGCCCAGGAGAAUAACCUCCCAUUUGCUAUGAUUACGGCGACUUCAACAAAUCAUGGAGCACAUUUCUAAGCAUGGAAGAAAAUGCUGGUAUUAGGUUGAGUGCCGAGUUUUAGACUCUUAUUUAUGUUGCUAUGUUUUGUAUGUGUAAGUGUCCUAGUUUUCUGAAUUUUACUAUACACUCUAAUCAUUUGUUCCUUUAUCUACACAUUACAGUUCUGCAUAGGCUUUUCCAAAGGAAAACGCUGGCCGGCUUCUGCUUUUUGUUUUAUUAGCUCACUCUAGCUUGCUCAAAAUUGGCUGCCUGGCAGAAGAGGGAUGCCACGGCCGGACCUCCAGUGGAUGUCUCCCGGUUUCCCUGUGGGUUAGGGUUCAUGUUAUUGACCCCGCUCUCUGCUUUGGUGGCAUUGGGUUGCAGGAGACAUCUUGUACCUGGCGGGAUCAGUGGUGUUAAGCCCACUGAGGUCCAAAGUCUUUCAUGUAACGAGC